AUGUCGAAGCUCUCACCAGCCCUCAAGGAGCUCAUCAAUGCGCCCUUCUCCCGCCCUGGGCCGGCAAAGGCCCCGAUCGGCAUCGCCAAGAUCUACGAGCGCAUAGCCAGCGAGGCACAAUCCAAGAACCUGGGCCCAAGGCCAUGGAUAGCCUUAUCUUCAGCAGCAACCUUCACCCUCAACUCCCCCGACUCCCUCGCAGCGCUCCAAGCCACAGCGUCCAACCCAGCCGCAAAGACCUACCGUCCCCUCGACCCGGUCCCCUCAGCCGAACUAAUCCGCGAGGUCGGGCUCAAGUGCAUCUCCUUCAACGGCAUCCCGCGCUCGAUAAACAGCCUGGGCGCCUUCCGCGCCUCGCUCCCCAAAGACGUCCAAGCCGGGCUCGAGACGCGCUCCUCACGCACCAUCACCCCGGAGAACCUCGCGCGCCGCAACGAGACGGGGCUGGGGCUCUGGCGCAGCGUGUACGACCCCUUCGACGGCAAGCUCAUCGCCCGGCUGGCCGAGUCCCACCCGGACCUGCCCGUGCACAUCCUCGGCAGCCACUACGCGCCGCUGCUGUCGAACCCCGAGGGCGCCGAGCGCGGCGGGCUCGCGACCGUGGGGCGGGUGCUGACCAGCCUCGUGGCCAUCGCGUGCCUGCGCGCGCAGACGGGCGUGGGCCCCCAGGUGCUGUCGCAUGUGUUUGGGCUGCGCAAGGCGGUUGAUCAGGGGAUCCAUGCGCGCGAGGCCGAGAGUGAGGCUGAGAAGGAGGGGAUCGAGUGGCUUGCUUCGGAUGAGGGCGGUGAGUGGGUGCUGCGGAGCGUGGAUGGGAUUGUCGAGGCUAUUGGGAACAAUUUUGCCUCCAAGUUGUAG